AAGGUGUUCUGCUUCGUCCAUCUAAGUGUUCAUGAGUUUCUGGCUGCUCUUCAUGUUCAUCGGACCUUCAUCAAAUAUGGUAUCAACCUGAUGGAAGAAACACAAACAUCUAAAAAGUCUUCAUUAUUUAAACCUAAACUAAAGUCUCUCCAUCAGACAGCUGUUGACCAGGCCUUACAGAGUCCAAAUGGACACCUGGACUUGUUCCUCCGUUUCCUCCUGGGACUUUCACUGCAGACCAAUCAGAGACUCCUACAAGGUCUGCUGACAAAGACAGGAAGUAGCUCACAGACCAAUCAGAAAACAGUUCAGUACAUCAAGAAGAAGAUCAGUGAGAAUGUGUCUGCAGAGAAAAGCAUCAAUCUGUUCCACUGUCUGAAUGAACUGAAUGAUCGUUCUCUAGUGGAGGAGAUCCAACAGUCUCUGAGUUCAGGAAGUCUCUCCACAGAUAAACUGUCUUCUGCUCAGUGGUCAGCUCUGGGUUUCAUCUUAGUGUCAUCAGGAAAAGAUCUGGAUGUGUUUGACCUGAUGAAAUACUCUGCUUCAGAGGAGGCUCUUCUGAGGCUGCUGCCAGUGGUUAAAGCCUCCAACAAAGCUCUACUGAGUGGCUGUAACCUCUCAGAGAGAAGCUGUGAAGCUCUGUCCUCA